UGGGACAGGCAGAAGCUCCGCGGAGUUUACUUCACUCGGGCUGGCUGGAGUCAUGAAGAGAGGUGCUGCGCGCCUCCACGAAUAAACACACAGCAAACUGACUGGAUAAUGGAUAAUAACGAUACAUAUCUACAUCUUAGCCAAAAUCUGUGCUGGAGGAGGCUGGUGAACAACAGUUGGAGGGAGGCUGAUGUCUUCAACAUUAAACGGUUCCUGUUGGAUUGAAUCUCGGAAAUAAUCCGAGUAAUCCCGUAAGCGAGCAGACUCCACCCGGCGGAUCCCUCCCCCAACGUUGUCCUGUUUUACUCGUGUCCCAUCUGUUCCAUCAACACAGUGAUUUUGGGUUCGGACAGGGGUCCAGUAACGUUCGGUUGAGUGGCACACGCAGUCAUGUGGGAUCCAGCGGCGUUGCCUCCACACGGCAGAGAGACAGGCCACUAUAGCCAACACACUAGUACUCUGCAUUCCCCCCAUUCUCAGCCCCUUCCAAUGAGCUCCAUGGUGGGUCAUCCGUCCGUCAUCAGUUCUUCCCGUCCCCUGCACUCUCCCAUGAGCACCCUGGGCUCCUCUAUGAAUGGCCUGGGCUCACCAUAUUCUGUCAUCACCGCGUCUCUCGGCUCACCGUCUGUUUCUUUGCCCUCCACACCCACUAUGAGCUUUAACACUAUUGGCAGCCCACAGAUAAAUUCGUUGAAUAUGAACAGCUCAGAAGACAUAAAGCCUCCACCAGGAUUGACUCCUGUGGGCAACAUGAGCAGCUACCAAUGCAGUAGCCCUGGAUCCAUGUCCAAACACUUGUGUGCCAUUUGUGGGGACCGUUCUUCAGGGAAGCAUUAUGGCGUUUACAGUUGUGAAGGUUGCAAAGGCUUUUUUAAAAGGACCAUCAGAAAAGACCUGACCUACACGUGUCGAGACAGCAAAGAGUGCCUGAUCGACAAACGUCAGCGCAAUCGCUGCCAGUAUUGCCGUUACCAGAAGUGCCUAGCUAUGGGCAUGAAGAGGGAAGCGGUGCAGGAAGAAAGGCAGCGUGGAAAGGAAAAAAGUGAUAAUGAGGUGGAAUCAACGAGCAGCUUUAAUGAAGAAAUGCCUGUGGAUAAGAUUCUGGAUGCAGAACUUGCAGUGGAACCCAAGACGGAGGCAUACACAGAGAGCAGUCCUGGAAACUCGACUAAUGACCCGGUCACUAAUAUCUGCCACGCAGCUGACAAGCAGCUUUUCACUUUGGUGGAGUGGGCCAAGAGAAUACCUCACUUCUCUGAUCUGCCCCUGGACGAUCAAGUCAUUUUGCUUCGAGCAGGAUGGAAUGAGCUCCUCAUCGCUUCGUUCUCACAUCGCUCAAUCACAGUUAAAGAUGGUAUCUUACUGGGCACAGGACUGCAUGUUCACAAGAGCAGUGCUCACAGUGCAGGAGUGGGGUCCAUUUUUAACAGGGUGCUGACUGAGCUUGUGUCUAAAAUGAAGGACAUGCAGAUGGACAAGACAGAGCUAGGCUGCCUCAGAGCCAUUGUUCUCUUUAACCCCGAUGCCAAAGGUUUGUCCAACCCAGCGGAAGUAGAAGCACUGAGGGAAAAGGUUUACGCUUCACUAGAGACCUACACCAAACAGAAUUACCCUGACCAGCCUGGCAGGUUUGCUAAACUGUUGUUGCGCCUCCCUGCCCUCCGAUCCAUCGGUCUCAAAUGCUUGGAGCACCUAUUUUUUUUCAAGCUGAUUGGAGACACACCCAUAGACACUUUCCUAAUGGAAAUGCUUGAAGCACCCCACCAGAUCACGUGACACCAAUACCCACUGACCAAUUCUGUACAUAAUACUAUGUAACUAAUAUAAUAAACUCGAUUGAAGAUGUAAAAUGCAUAUUUUUUACCAAGCACAAAUUAUUGUGAAAUUUGUAGGUAGGAAAAGCACAAUGAAAGAGGAAGACAUAUGUCUUAAAAUACACAGAAAAAUACAUUUUAUUGAUGUGGUUUUGAAAUAUUUCUCUGUAAAUAGCUAAUAUCAGGUAUUCACUCUAAUGUCAAGAGAAUGCAAUAAAUAAAUUUUAUUUUAUUCAAGGAAUACUAUAACAAACUCAGACAAAAACUUCUAAAAUAAAUUUUAGAAGUCUGUCUAAUAAAUAUUUAAAUGCUUUUC